AUGAAUUCAAAAAUAAAUCAGUUUUCAAAAAAUGUAAAAAUUGAAAACCACAUUUUAAAAAAUAACUCGGUUCCAAAAAUUUUUAAAUGCCCUGAAUGUGGAAAGACAUUUAACGCUCAUUAUAACCUGAACAGACACAUGCCAGUUCACACGGGAGCGCGACCAUUCAUUUGCAAAGUUUGUGAUAAAGGCUUUAGACAGGCAAGCACGCUGUGUCGUCACAAAAUAAUUCACACCUCCGAUAAGCCUCACAAAUGUAAAACAUGCGGCAAAGCAUUCAACAGAUCUUCUACUCUCAACACACACAUGUUGAUUCAUAGAGGAUACAAACCAUUUAUAUGCGAUUACUGUGGUAAAGGAUUUCAUCAGAAAGGUAACUACAAAAAUCAUCGUCUGACUCAUUCGAAAGAAAAACAAUUCAAAUGUGAAAUAUGUCAUAAAGCUUUUCAUCAAAUAUACAAUUUAACAUUUCACAUGCACACACAUCAAAAAAACAAACCGUUCACUUGUAAAAUUUGUGGGAAAGGAUUUUGUAGAAAUUUUGAUUUGAAAAAGCAUUCGAGGAAACUGCACCAGGACGAAACUCAUGCCGAGGCAUUCAAAUCCUUCUACAACAUUUACGAUGAGCAAUGUUACGAAAUGAAUCAGAAACUGAAAAGCCGAUCAUAUAACAUGUUUAACAACCUGUAUCUACCAUCCAGAACUUCUUUAAGAAACUGUGAAAAUUACACAAACACACAUAAAGUUUGUGGCACGUUGAAGCCAUCGUCUUCAUCGAUCAAUCUGCAACCGAUCACUUUUAAUCAUUUUGAAUCUUCUUCAGAUUACCCUUACGUUGUAAGUUAA